GCGCAGGCGAUUUUAUUCAUAAAUAGCUUCAUCCACGUCUUCGCCAUUACAGGCAUAAUAAUAAAAACGUGGAAUAAAUGGGCUGUGAAAAGAUCAAGAGGCGACAGUCAAGAUCAGACGAGGAAAGAGUACAGAAACACAGUUUUGCAUAAAAGUCCAUGAUAACUGUGAUCGAGAAACAAUUGCAUCACUUGCCUUCUGAUAGUCUUUUGCAAUAAAACGGCUUUGUAGUGCGUGCCAUCUUCCAUUAAAUCCACACGAAUAAAGAGCGCUGAAGGAGUGCAGUAAACUGAACCUGCGCAGCCGUAUUCUUCGAGAAAGGCAGAAGACAGUUUGAACCAUGGCAAGCCAGGACUUAAUGGCGAAAAAAAGAGAAUGUCUCCAGGCCUACAGCUGGUGGAGAACACCACAGAAGAAACGGAAGAAAAAGAACAAAAUAAAACCAGGAAGAAUUGAGUUUGUCCCUAGUAGUAGUUCAGUCAGACCGGAUUAUUCAAUCUUUGUUGGGGAGCUUACUCCAGAAGUGGAUGAUUUCCAGCUCUAUGACUAUUUCCUAAAGAGGUACCCCUCAUGUAUUGACUGCAAAAUAGCAACAGACCUGCUGGGAUAUUCCAGAGGGUAUGCCUUUGUCAGAUUUGGUGAGCAAGGUGAUCAGAUGAGGGCACUGCAAGACUGCCAGAAUGCACCAGGUCUGGGGGGAAAACGAAUCCGGCUGAGCAUAGGAAUUUCUAAAAGACUGAAAGCAGAAUUCCAGCGGUACCAGUCAUACAACUAUAAUGAUUAUUACCAAGAUUAUCAGAACUACUACUCACAGUGGGGUUAUGAUCCUUAUGCUGACUACAACUACAGCUCUUAUGCUCCCUAUGAUAGCAUGCAAACUGUUGGAGACUGCUCUUUAGGAGAUGCUGUUAUGGCUCCAGCUGUUUUUGAGGAAACUUCAGCUAUGACUGAAAUCAGCGAUGACCUAAUAACUGAAGAUCCACAGCUUUACUUGGAUGUUGAUGAAAUGAACAGACAAUUUAUGGAGACAAGUGAAGAACUCUAUGAUUCCCUCAUGAAUUGUCACUGGCAACCUCUGGAUACGGUCACUUCUGACAUCCCCUCUGCUAUUUAAGUGUCUUAUAUAGCAUGACCGUUAUGACCAAGGUGCUAAAAUUACACUUCUACAUUACUCUAGAUCAUAAGUUUUAAAGCACAAUGAUAGGUUGGGUUUUUUUGCUAUGCUUUUGACAGUUUCUGUAAUCUUUUUUUUGUCCAUCACUCUACUCUUGGAGCAUCUUGAAAUCAUGUAAAUAUUCUAGAAAUGUAAAGAGUUCAAUGGGGUCUAAAGAUAGACUUGCCUGUGUAAAUAAAAUUUUGUUUCUGCAAACCU